GACUAACGUCAUAAGAUGUCCAUGUUGGGCGCGCAGCCUUUCAUCAAACCGAUGCAGACGUCACCUGCUUCACCUGUCAUCCAGAGGAGACACACUCUUCCAGCCAGCGAAGUCCGACCGCUCAACACGCAGGACGCCAUCAGCGUCUUUGAAAUUGAGCGAGAAGCAUUUAUCUCAGUGUCGGGGGAGUGUCCCCUCCACCUGGAUGAGGUGCGUCACUUCCUCACUUUGUGUCCAGAGUUGUCCAUGGGUUGGUUUGAGGAGGGUCGGCUGGUGGCUUUUAUCAUUGGUUCUCUGUGGGACGGAGACAGGCUCACUGCAGAAGCGCUGACGCUCCACAAGCCCUGCGGCUCCACAGUCCACAUCCACGUCCUCGCCGUCCAUCGCACCUUCAGACAGCAGGGCAAAGGUCCAAUCCUGAUGUGGCGUUACCUACAGUAUCUCCGUUGUCUGCCUAACGUGCGCCGAGCAGUGUUGAUGUGUGAAGAUUUCCUCAUUCCCUUUUAUCGCAAGUCAGGCUUCAAGGUUCUGGGCCGAUGUUCCAUCACGGUGGCCAACCUGACCUUCACGGAGAUGUGGUACCCCAUCAGCGGUCACGCUUACAUGAGACGCAACAGUGAAGCAAUCCGGUUCCCGCAGCAUCCACUGACUCUGCCACUAGCAAAGACUGAUGAACAUGUUGAUGUAUGACAGGUUCGUCGAAAACAGUGAUGUCACUGUGCAUGGCGAGGGGUCAAGAGAGCGCAGGAUUUUGUCCUUUUUUGCUGGGCGAUGAAACCCUGCACCCUUUCAGGCCUUCUUGGCUCAUGUUUGACUCACUGAUUUAAAAAACUUGCAUGUGUUUUAAUGGGAAAUUUUCCAGCGUGACAAUAACAUGAAGCAGAGUCUGCGUUCUGUGUGCAUCGCCCGCCUGUGAAGGGAAUACGAGCAUUCGACGAGUCACUAAGUGCCACUUGCAUUCGUGGCUGUAAGCUGUCUCCUGCUGAUCACCUGCCUGGCCUUCCCACAUCUAUGGACUGACGUCAGUGACCAGGCUUUAGCUGCUCCACCUCUAUUAGGGGGCUUUAGCUUAGAAGAUCCACUUAUCGGUCAGCAAGAAGAUCCAAGGACUUCACCAACAUCUAACCUGGUGACUUAGGGUGUAAAUAAGUGAUCCAGACUUGGUUUUAAAGGUGUUUCCAAUAUGUGACUGGUUGAUCUCCUGCUUUUCUCUCAUCGUAUCACAGCUUCAACUAAAUGUUUUUGUUUUUACUGUGGUUUUUUUUAGAUUAAAACCUGUGUGCACUUUGUAUCCGCUGCUUUAUUUUUAUUACA